AUGCUGUUGUCCAUUGAGGAGCUGCCUCCCCUUCCACGAAUGACUGACAAGGCAACCGCCUAUGCAGGCUGCUGUCUCGCCCUGAGCAGGCCGCUCGUCGCACACAUUCAUUCGCUCCUUCCGCCCGCGCCCGCCCUUACGCUCUCCAUCGGCAGCGGUUUCGGCCUGCUCGAAGCGCUCCUCAUCGCCGUGCCUCAUUCGUCGAAUAUCAUAGGCGUCGAGGUCGCGCCGAGCUCAAACACAUAUUUGCCAUCGGCGAACCACCGUGUCGUGCACGGCACGCGCUUUCAUGAGCCGCUGGCGACAGAAGCUCAAGCCUGGCUGUUUGUUUACCCGCGGCGCGUGGGCCUUGUCACCGAGUACAUAGGUUCUUAUGGGAACGAUGCGGUUCAGCAAAUCACCUGGAUUGGUCCACAAGCCGACUGGGACGACUACAAGGGCUGCUUUGUCGACGGCUGGGAGGUGCAUACAAAGAGCGCGGACAAAGUCGGUGGCAAGGCUUGGGAAUUGAUCGCUACUGCCACAAGACCAGCGACUUAG